UCCCCUGGGCGUCCUUGGUAACGCAGGUGGCAACCGGUGGGUAAGGUGUGCUCGCCCAGUUCAGUCAGAGCUAUUUACGUGUAAACACACCGGCAGAGAGGAACUCAAUUUUCCGUACCCUCAGAUUCCCAGCGGUUUUACCUGCAGUACUCAGCAUCACACAGGUCGAGGCACGAUGGAAUAUUACGGCUCCACCAUCACCUCCACCUACACGCGGCCCCGUGUGGGAGACGGCACCCGCUUCCUGCCGCACAUCUCCACCAUGGCGGCGUCCUACAAGUCUCACACCGGCCCGCAUGUCAUCUCUCACUCCCUCAGUCUGCCCUGGCGUCCCAGCACGUACUACAAGGUGUCUCAGACCCACCCCACCCUGCAGCCGCUCAGUAAGAGUCUGCCUGAGAACGUCCGGCUGGAGGGGAUCGGCACCUACAAGCUGACCAGCUCCCUGCCCGCCGCCCGAUCUGCGCUCUUCACACGGUACACCCCCGAUGACUGGUUUAAGUCCAACUACGCGAACUACAAGCAGAGCGACUCGACCCGGAACAGCGCGGAGAGGCUGCGCAUGGACACGGCCAGGAUGGUGCACGAUGAGGACCAGAGGACCAACCGUACACAGGAGGUGUCUUCUAAGGCGAUGGGCGAGCGCGUCUCAGACAUCCACUUCUGGAAGAGGGAACUCAACCACGAGAUCGAGGCGCAAGUCGCCGAGACCAACAACCUGGUGGAGGUGAAGAAGCGGCUGGAGCGCGCCCUAGCGGAGACGGAGUCGCCCCUGCAGGUGGCUCAGGAGUGCCUGUACCACCGCGAGAAGAGGCAAGGCAUCGACCUGGUGCACGACGGCGUGGAGAGGGAGCUGCUAUCGGAAGUGGACGUCAUCAAGUCUUGCCAGGAGCGCAUGCGCAGAGCCAUCGAGAAGGCAAAUGCUCAGCUUGCAAACAACCGCGCCGCACAGCACGAGCUUGAGCGUGACGUCAGCGACAAGCACGUGGCCCACCGCAUCGACGACUACUGCCACCAGCUCAGGAACACCUCCGAGGGAAUCGCCUACCACAGGGGCGUGGAGAAGGUGGACGCCACUGUGACCGUGCCCGAGACCUGGGCCAAGUUCAGUGACAACAACAUCCUGCGCUCCCAGUCCGAGCGCGCCGCCUCCGCCAAGCUGCGGGCAGACAUCGAGGCUCUGCUGAACCAGUGCUCCAACGAGAUGUGGACUCACUUCAACAACGUGAACGUCGGCUUCUCCAACCGCAUCUCCGAGACCAUGGACGCCAAGAACAAGCUGCAGCAGCACCUGGCUAAGACCCUCCAGGAGAUCUUCCAGACGGAGCAGACCAUCCUGCAGAUUAAGAAGGCCAUCGCUGACAAGGAGGCUCCCAUGAAGGUGGCACAGACCCGCCUGGACUCCCGGACACGGCGACCCAACACCGAGCUCUGCAGGGACCCGCCACAACACAGGCUGGUUUCUGAAGUCGGGCAGAUCGCAGAGACCAUCGAGACGCUGCACUUCCGUCUGCGACAGGCAGAGGACACUCUUCAGGCCCUGGUGCACACCAAGGACGCCCUUGAACACGACCUGUCGGUCAAGGCCAACUCUCUCUUCAUCGACCAGGAGAAGUGCAUGGGCAUGCGCAGAACGUUCCCGACCACGCCGAGGCUUGUGGGAUACGCUUAGAGCCGACAACUGUCGUCCAGUAUUAACAGUUUACCAUUGGCAGAAAAAAUAUGAAAAAAGGGUUCUGCUACCUCCGAACAGAUUUCCGACAGUUGUGUUUGUUAUGAAAAAGUUUUUAUAUCGUUUUUGGAUACAUCAUCUAGAAGAUGCCGCCGUAAAUCGGCAACAUAUCGAAGCUGUCGUAAAAUAGCAAUAAACCCACUGUCGUAAACUCUGUUGGGCGUCCACAUGAACCAAAUAUAAAAAGAAACCCGGAUGUCACUGCAGUCUACCAUGUUUGUCAACUGGAGCUGACAGAACUGAAAGUCUUUGACAUACGUACAUUUCAGAACUUUUUUGAGUAUUACAAGUGGCACGAUAAAACGGAAACAUGUUUGUAUUAAGAUUAUUACUACAUUAACGUGUCCACUGACAAAGACGUUUGUUGUUUCUCACAAUGGAUUUAACAAAGAGGGGAUAUUUCUAUCUUCCACCAAUCACUGUGCAUGAGAGAUUAUUGUAGAAGAUUGUAUACAGAAAAUUCAUGUCAGGUCCUUUGAACCAAACGUUCAGCCAUUUAGAUAUCUAUCUACCCAUUCUGUGAUAUAGACUAUACCGGAGUUAGUGUGUUCUGAACAACUUUUAUGCUGGAAUGAACUCAAUGAUGUUAGUAUGAGUAGACAAAACUGCUCAAAGAACCAUACAUGAUUUUUGUAAAGUUUAUCCCAAAGACCUACCUAGCCAAUCCACGAAUUGAAUGCUGCUAUUUUUUACAAAUACUAUGUUAUGUAUAUUUGCACUACAUUGUAUUAUUCUACACAUUCAGUGAAUUGUAUGGAUGAAAGACUUGUAGAAAACCGUAUCUAGUGUUAUUUUGGUGUACUGUAGGUGUACUAUUAAUGUGUUGCAGUUGUGCUAUGUUUUGUGGAAAACGUUCAGCUUGAAGAAGCCAUUUCGACUGUAAUGGACGUAUUCCUUUAAUAUAUUCAUAACUUUAUACUUGUUUUUCUUGGAAACCAUCAAACCACUGCAAAACACAUCGUCACAUGUGGCCUCCACCUCCACAACAAUACAUGUUCUUUGUGACGUACAGUUUGAAACUAUAUUUUCAAGUCUUGUAAUGUCGGGACGAUAAGAUAUCACACGAACCAUUCAGAGGUGUUAUCAAGGUUUUGGAAACGUAAUCGUGUCAACACUUGUCCGAUGAAUCCCGUAGAUACUGACUAGAUAUCUGACAUAUCUGAUGAGUUUCCGGUGCUGCAUCUUCUGCUAUCGGCGCCUUGACUGUAAAGUGUUUGUUCUUCAUGUAAAUAAAGCACGUUUUGCACUCUG